AUGGCAGAGGUCGGCAGAAAGGAGGAGGAACAUGGGCCGGAGACCUCUUCUCUGAAAGCUUGUUUCAGCCAGGGUUUGAAGCAGCUACAUAAGACCCAGGAACUCUGCAAUGCCACCUUGGUAGCUGGGGGGAAGCGGUUUCCGUGCAACAGGGCCCUGUUAGCCUCCGUCAGCCCUUACUUCCAGGCUGUGUUUACGAGCGACUUUAAGGAAUCCAGAGACGGGGAAGUUCUGCUGAAAGACAUGGAUCCUUCCCUCCUCCAGAAUCUGCUAGCCUACCUCUACUCGGGGGAACUGGCCCUCACUUCAGAGAAUGCUGAAGAUCUGUUCACAGCAGCCAGCCGCCUCCAGGUCACGCCAGCCCUUGAACACAUCAGCAGAUAUCUAUCAGAGAGGAUAUCCAAGGAGAACUGCUUCCACUUGUACAUGCUGGCUCACGAUCACAACAACCCCACCUUGCUGCGAAGCACAAUGCACUACCUGGGCCUCAACUUCGAAACCCUCUUGGAGCACAAAGAUUUCCCGAAUCUCGACCUCGGCGCUUUGAACUGCCUCAUCUCCUCGGGCCACCUAGUCAUCACCUCCGAAAUGUACGUCUUCAGGGCCGUGCAGCGGUGGGUGGCAGCUGAACCCGCUGAGCGGCUUUCGGUACUCAAGAUGCUCCUACAACAUGUACGCUUCCCUCUCCUGACGCCCAGGGAAAUUGUACAAGUCCAGGAAGAUGUAGCGACGCUUGGCCAGCAAGUGGAAUUGCAGUGGGGAGACCUAGACGGGGCAGGGAGGCUGCAGGCGAGUGGGGGUCUCCGGCAGGGCAUGUACCAGGAAAGGAUCAUCUGCAUCAAAGUGCCUCGCUUGAGGGACAUCCUCUCCGUCAACGAAGAUAUGGAUUGCUACAUGGAGUGCUUAGAUCCAUCUACGGGGUCCAGGACCAAACUGCCACCUUUAGAGCUCGUGGCGCUCCCUGGCUGCUCAGCCCUGGAUCACAGGCUCUACAUCUCAGGAGGCAAACACCCUGAUGGCUCCUACUCUCAGGCAUUGCACGAGUACAACUCUGUAGCCAACCACUGGCUCCAGCUCCCUGCCAUGUCAACACCCCGGUCCGUCCACAUACUUUUGACUUGCAAGCACAAGCUGUUUGCCCUGAGUGGCUGGAAUGACACAGGCCCCCUCGCCUCUGCGGAGAGUUUUGAUGUGGUUAAGCAGACGUGGUCACCCAUCGCCAGCCUGCCCGUCGUCCUGCGCUUCUCAGCCUCGGCCUCGUACAAGAACAAGCUCUACCUGAUCGGAGGAGAUGCAGAUUCCGAUGAAGUGGUUUACCAGGGCAUCCUUCUCUAUGACAUCCUCUUGGAUACCUGGGUACAGGUGCCUCUGGAAUUCUGUCUCCAUGGUGCAGCUGCUGUCACCAUGGAGACCGGGAUCUGCAUCCUAGGGGGCUUCUUUGCAAAAAAAAACACUCAGACGUACCCAAACAGUAGGUUCAGCCAGCUUCUUCCAUGUACCUCAAAAUGCUUUUUCAUGCGCGAGGAUGGCAUCAUAAGCAACGAGGUCACCAUCCCUCCACUGCCACUGCCUCUUGCCUUUGCAGGCGCAUCUUAUUUCCAGGGGAAAAUUUAUGUGAUGGGAGGGGUAUGCACCUCCAGGACUCACGAUGCCAUUUACCACUGGGAGCCUGGAGAAAGUUCCUGGACUCAGUAUCCAGAGAGCCUUACGGGCCAAGGAACAGUGGUGCGGAGGGUGCUGAAAUGCGUGACCUUGAAGGUGCUGAAGCCAAACUUGAAGGCCCUCGUCCAAGACAAUUCUGCAAGCCGGGUGGCUAUUGGCCUUGCAGACACCAAGGUCCCCUUCAAAGAGAGGAGGGAGGAUAACGCCUCCAGUUGUCCCCCAGAUCCCUUGACAUCUUUGGGAGCUGGCACACCAUAA